UGCAUCACAAACAGGGCCUGUUUUGGAUCACUUGGUUGGUACCUCGGAGACGUCGAACGCCUUCCUUCGGAGGGCAACCGGGCCCGGGCAAGCGCACGGUCCGAACACAAUAUCUCCGCGCACGUUACUCGUACUAACGGCGCUCGGCCGGCGACGGAGUACUGGGACAUCCACAGAGAGGACAGUCACGCGGCGCCUAGCACAAUCACGAAGGAAGGUGGCGUUAGAGCAAGGCGCUAGUAACGACUAGAGCAGGCUAGGACGCAGUAGGAUAACGCGGUGCAUGCGGCUUGAGGCGGCACCUCACACCUCACCCCCCGUCUUCAGCCGUACGAAGGUUGAUCCAGGCGUGUCAUCAUGAUCAGCGGAGAUUCCACCGCGUCCCACAUGGGGAGCGUCAAGAAUAUCGAGAAAGCGAGGGAGAGAAGGACUUUCGAAGUUAUGCCGGGGUCUUCCGCCGCGGAUCUUCCGGAUGAGCUCCAAGAACAAACGCAGACCAUCCACCCCCGAAUGGGGUACGAUAUGUCUGAUAGCCUCUUCAUGCAGCAUCAGGAGGCCGCCGGCAGGGAGAAAGAGUCCAGAAGGGCGUUGGAGGAGAGAGCUGCUCUGGAAGCGUUUCGCGCUGCAGCACUGAAGAAACCCUUUGAUCCCGCGGCAGUAGCCACCGGGGCUAAGGGGGACGGGGGGCCAGGAAGCGGCGCCGGUGGAGUGGGGGCGGACAGCAGACGGAAGGAACCACCACCACCGCUCGCGGGGAUAAAGCUCCGGAAGAAAACUUCUCGUCCGGGCACAUCAUCAUCACCAUCGCCAGCGGCAGAAGCAUCAGGGGUUUACUCUCCACAAGCAGGUGGUGGCCAGGCCGUAGCAAGAGGAGAGUCACCAGGAGCGGGCGGGAAGAGAUCGGUCGACACUCAGGGCGGGGGAGAAGCGAGUGAAGGGGGGGCUCCGAAGAAGAGAGACCGGGAGGACGGGGGAGCGAAGAGAAGCAAGAAGAAGAAAAGUUCCAAGAAGAGCAAGAGUAAGACCGGAAAGCACAGCAAGAGUGCCCACGAAGGUGGUGGUGGCGUGGGCGGAGAAAGUGGCAAGGGGGGCGCCGCGGCGGAGGCAUCGGCUGGGCUUGGGUUAGGGCUGGUGGCAUACUCGAGCGGGGACGAUGAUGAGGAGGAAAGCUGAUGCUCGAUGAUGAUGGUUGUUGCGGGGGAAAUGGAUUAUUCUAGUACCUUGUCUUUGUUCCCCGCUAGCUCAGGGCGGAACGGCAUACACUAUCUUAUGGUACUAUUAAAGUGAAGGCAGGCGAUCGCUCGAUACCUUCAUGUUCGUUGAUGGAGACGAACUUUAGUUUGGUUAACUCUACACUUCUAUUUAGACUGACAAAGGUUCCACGAGAGAUUAAAAUAGCUUCAAGUUGACCCACUUUCGCAGGAGAGACGUUGUGAACACUGACGAUGUUCAGGCAUGAUAGAGCUUCUUGUGGUAGCGAACUGUACAAUUCAUGCCGUGUUGCAUGGUCAUCGUACACGGCAGCGUUGAAGGUAUUUGCGUGUCGAUAAAGUCGAGGGGUUGGACAACGGGUUCGGGUAGUUCGUAGCUGAAAGACCACAUGUGUUGAUUAUUGUGUCGCCAGCAAUCGGGGCGGGUGGGUAGAAGAGGGGCAAAGGAGAGCUCUCGGUUUAGGUUCCUCGUGAUCGAUCAUUACGCUCGAGAUAAUCGAACAUCGGCGAUAAACAUCUCAUAUAUCACGUCCAUCAAUCAACUCAUGGAGCGGUGCGCGUAGUCGGCAACCGUAUCCUGCCUUGCCAGCUUGUUUCACCCCUAUCCGUUCUUGCUUCGGCCCGGUCGUUCUCGUUACCGUUCCGCGUUUUCAAAUGGGGAAAUUGGGUCCGUUUUUGGAACAGGCCUAAAUCGAUUGUGGGGCGAAUGGUCAGCAAUUCAACCCUUUUGAGAUGGGCUAUGACGCGUGACUUGGAACGGUGGGCAGGUUGGAGUUUUACGGUGGCCGGCGCCACCCACGCGGGUACUGUAUGCUCCCAUUUCGCGCGUUGUCGAUGCUGUACAACAGUUUUAACGCCAGCCGCUCCGAAGUACCUCGUGACAGAUUCAAAUCGUUCGCUCAACUCAAGUGUAUUUGUGACGACGCUCAACUACACGCGGUAGCGACCCAGGUCGCUUGCACCUUGCACCCGCCCCCAACGGGAGUCCUUGUUGAGCAGCUCAGCUUCCGAAGACACGCCACCAUGUACGCAAGAGGGGUAGACGACGAACACGUCACUACACGACAGAUGCACACACACGCACGACGCGAUCAAAACAGAAGCAGCACCACCUUCCUCGCCGUAGAUGUUGUACAGGAGGUACCAAUGGACACAAAAUCGUCAGCGACAUGCCUCCAGUAAGUGGAACGAAUUCUCCAGGCUACUCUGCCAAUGUUGACGCACAUUUUUUCCGUCCUAAGGCAAACCAAACGCGUGAAUUGUGAGAUGGGGCAGGACCAACGGUUUGAGAGAGGGCUUCUCCCAGGACGAGGUUUUGUUUGUCAUUUCCAGGCAUCCGACAAGUCUAGAAGACUGUUCCUGGGACUCUUGAUGGCUUUC